UGAGAUAAGGAAAAAGAGCCAUCAUUCUACCCCUAUGUGGGAGGGAGGCGUGGUCGCCCCGGAAGCCGCCAGCCGCUCAGAUGCCCGGCGCCGACGACCCGUGCCUGGUGAGCGUGAACGCCAGCGCCGACCCGCUGCUGCCGCUGCUCCCGGCGGCCGCGCACGCCGGCCAGCAGCACCAGGUGCUGACGAUGGUGUCGGUGCGUUCGGGCGACCGCUCGCCCGUGUCGCUGCCGUCGCUGAGCGUCGAGCACAACUACUCGCAGCUGCUGGCGGACCUCGUCAUUCGCCUGUAGCCCGGCCCGCCGCCCGCCGCCCGCGCCCGCGCCGCCGCCC